GUUUAGAAGGGUGGGACCAUACAUACCAUCAUCUCCACUGAUCUACAUUCAUUCUCUCUCUAUUAAUGCUCUGAAGUUUCAAGCCUGUCGUGAACUCUACAUUCAAACACACACAAUCAGGAUGUGUAUGAUAUUUUUGGGAAUCGUCUUUGGGUUGCUGUCCCUCUCCAGUUCAGACAAUCUAACAGUGACGUCACGUAGCUGCAGUUAUAUGGGAGUGUUUCAUGUGGAGGGAAGAGCUCGCUACAAUCUGACGUAUGAAGAUGCCAAGAGGUUGUGUGAACACCUGUCAGCUACAAUAGCACCAAUGGACCAGCUGCAGAGAGCUUAUAAUGCAGGACUGCAGACGUGCAGGUACGGCUGGAUAAAUAACAGUCAGCCGGUGAUCCUCCGUCACAGGCCAUAUAAACUCUGCGCCGGCAACCAAAUCGGCAUUGUAACUUGGGAAAACACUCGUCGUGCUGACGCCUUCUGUUACGAUAAAAACGAUUCAUCAGUGAAAGACUGUUCAGCUAGGUCUGGGAUUUAUUUACCUGGAUCUGCGAGUUCAAAUACAUCAGAUGGUGACUCUGCAUCUGCAGAAGACCAUUCGAGUGUUGAAAGGACCGACCAUGAAAAUGCAACUGAAGUUACACAUCUGGAGAACGCAACAACUUCUGAGCCGACUACUGCAGUCCAUUGGCCCACUAAUGGUUCUGCGUCUGUAAACACCUCACAGGGUUUUGCAAAGAAUGAUGUGACUGAUGAAACAGAUUACACAAAACAUCCACAGUCUACACCUAUAAAGCCUGAUACAGAUGCCACAAGACCGAAUAUGCAUCAGGCACCCAUCAAAAAUAACUUAGAUUGGCUGGUCAUUUUACUUGUAAUUUUGGCUGUUCUACUCAUUCUCCUUGUAUGUGCUCUGGUAGCAACCAGAAAAAGAUGGUGUGGUAAAAAAAGAACUUUGAUUAUCACAAAAAAGAGCAGCAGUGACCAAAACGCUAGAUCAGCAUCAUUUACUCAACAGCAGGAGAUGACCACGCUCAUGAACACUGAAAAAAAAACCAGCGAAUAACUUCAGAGUUUAUUAACAUCAAUCUUGAUAAGCCAACAGAGGAAAUCCAGCAGCGAUAAGAAUUAAAGCUAGAGAAGAUCAAAGUGACAGUCAAUAAAUACACUGGAAGGACCAAAGAGGAAAUCAGAAGCCGGAGUAGCUAAGAAAUUGAGUCAUACGCUGGUUUUAAGAGUUUUGGGAAUUAUGUAGUUUAGAAAUUUUGUAUUGAACUUUUAGAAAUUUUGCUUACUUACAUUGCAUGAUAUUAUUGUUUUGAGGAUUGUAUUUUGUAUGUGGUAACACUUCACAACAGAUAAUAUAAAAUCUUUUUCAUUACCAUUAGUUAAGAAUAACAGUGAUUUUUUUUACUUUUUUAAUCAGUGUUAAUGUAAAUACAUUUGUUCAUUGUUUCUUCAUGUGCAUUAACUAAUGUUAAAAGGCACUUUUAGUAGAUUAAUAUUUCAACCAAGAAUGAGCUCUAGUAGCUCUAAUUGUCAAACCAUCUUGACUUUGUACACCUGUUUACCAACACCCCUACUACAGUUUCAGUGUCCUUUGCAGCACAUUUACACGUCAGUACACAGUUUUCUCCAACUGUUACAUGCAGUCUGGCUAUUCUUAUUUUAAUGUAUUUUUAUAAUAAAAUUAAAAAUAUAAAAUGCAAAAA